CAGGUACGGGCCUACAUUCCAGGUGUCAUGGGGAUGUAUUCUUGCGUUUCAGAUCUUGGGAUUGUCUUGUAUUGCUGGCCUCCGCUACUCUUUGCAGCGUGCGAAUCGGCGGUUUGAGCGGCUCAAGGGGGAGAUUGAUAGACAUGAUCUGGUGGCGAUGGACAGGCUGGACGAUGAUGCGCGGCGGGCGAUCCUGGCCGAUUUCAAGUACAUCACGUAGACGAGACACUCUAUGCAUUCGCAAUAAUCAGCAACAGAACCACUCCGUAUUUUGCCACUAGAACCUUUUAGUCAUUUAGUGCCGGGCAAAGUCCGACGCCCGCCAGGAUUUCCCCCGCCUUGCCCUCUCCAGACUCCUUGUCCAGCCUCACCGUCACCAUGCCCUCCGGUGAUCCACGCCGCCCACGCCUGCCUGCCUGCCACGCCUGCUACACCAAAAAGAUCAAGUGUGAUAGCAACCGUCCGAAAUGCGCCCCGUGCGUCAGGAGCGACUCGGAGUGCAUCACACUUGGCUUGGAUGGCCACCAGCCUGUGUCGCGUGGCUAUAUCAGCGAGCUGGAACAGAGAGUCAAGGCUCUCCAGGGUGAGCUCCAGGAUGCCCUCGACGACCUGCCAGACCCCGUCACUGGCAAGCGCAAGAGGAGGAAUAGCACGCGCUCGGCUUACAGUUCGCCUACUUUUACCGAAGGAGCUGGUCUCAGCUUUAUGCGCCCUCUCUUCACAGACCCCGGCUGGCGAGCUCAUAAUCCGACUCUGCUGCAGAAUCUCUCUCGUUCUGCCCGCCUGGUCGAGGCAACAAUCACUGCAAACGCUCUUCCCUCGGCUGAGACAGCGCGAGGUGUUUUUGAUAACUACUUAACCGGAACCAACGUUCUGAACCCCUUUCUCCUUCGUCGAGAGAUUGAAAAUGUCUACCAGAGGGUAUUUCUCCCUGGAGCCGCUUCUCAGCCAGCUUCUCAUGAUCUCUUUCGCGCCUUUAUGAUCCUUGCCAUCGGUUCUAUCCAUGGUUUCCGCCGAGGCACACAUGAGCACCAUCCGUAUGGAUACUUUCUGUCGGCCAUGCAUCAUUUUACAGCCCCGAUCCUGUCCCGUGGCCUCGAGUCAAUCCAGAACCUUUUACUGAUUGGUCGUUUUGGAAUCUAUCACCACAUUGGGACAUCGAUCUGGGAAAUCACCCAACUAUGCAUGCGACUCUGCGUCGAGCAGGGCCUCCAUCAGCCUCCAACUACCCGCACGUCCCUCCUGCACGAACAACUCCAGCGCAGAGUCUUCUGGGAAUGCUACGUGAUCGAUCGCUACAGCUCCAUCACCCUCGACCGCCCCCUCGCCAUCGCAGACCGCGACAUCCGCGUCCUCCUCCCGGUCAACGCCAACGACGACGAGAUCGAGGCCGCUGAAGGAUCCGUGCCAGAUCUCGACAUCUUCCAGGUCUCCCCGCGCAGCCGGGUCGAGACCACCGACCUCUCCGUGUUCUUCCUUUGCAUCCGUCUCCGGCAGAUUACAUCCAAGAUCCAUUCCCUAUUCCAGUACAAAAAGCCCCUCUCGCCUGAAGCCGCUGGGAGCCUUUCUUCCGUGACUGCCCCGGGCCGAACAUACACGAACCUCUAUCGUCUCCUGCAGGAGCUGGACGACUGGCGGGGAUCCGUCCCAUUCCUCGAACACCCCCGUUGCCUCUACGAAUCGCAAGAUUUCUAUGAUCUCCGCUGGAUGCGCGAGCGCCUCCUCCUCGUCCGGAAAGCAAUGGACCUGGUGCCUCGCCGCGGCCACCUCCCGCCUCGCGAUCUGCUUUCACUCUGCUCCCAAUACGCGACGGGAACAAUCACCGUCUUCUGCCGCUUGUACGAGAGCCAGCGACUCACGUACACGCGGAGCUACUUCCAAACCCUCUUCACUGCCGGCUUGUCGGUAGUCUUCUACCUCUCGGUCGUCGCAGACUCGGAUCAAACCACCGUCGGCCAGGCCGUCGACGCACUUUCGCAGGCGGAGCGUGUCCUCAAGCGGAUGGGCGACGAGUUGCCUGAUGCGGUCCAGUACGUGACUGUCUACGAGGCUCUAUAUCGACACACGCUUGAGAAGCUACGACAGAGCGGGCGAUGGAGCGGGUUCCAGACGCACGGGAAUGAUAAUGCGCCGGAUCUAUCCCACAGCUACGAUGCCGCUGGGAUCAUCCAACCUCUGGCCCAUGCACAGCUUAUACCAACAUCCGCCACCCGAGCACUCGGCGACUGGCCGUUGCCGACCCCGAAUAGCCUCACUGGCGGAGGUGGAACCGAUUUGACGACCGUCGACAGCCAGGGAAACAUACCCGAGGAAGCCUUCUCCUUUGGCGCGCUCUUCUGGGACGAUACGAUGUGGAGCAUGGAAGCCGGGCUGGGCGAGUACGCGUACGGCAACCCGCCGGGGAUAUCACUCUGGGACGGCGGUUCAUAUCCAUUGUAGUUUCUUCUGAAUUUAAUAUACAUCAUAAAUCAUGCGCUAAGCCAUCGAUCGCUGCUUUUCCACCCGGGCGCUGAUCUCCGUGUACUUGCGCGUAACGUCCUUCAUCCCGGCCUGUAGGAUCGCGCCGUCUCCAGCGCUGAGCGACCAUGUCGCGCCCAUUGCGAACCACUUCUCCAGUAGAUCCAGGCGCCCUCCGAUCCCGCCGAUGCCGAU